CACCCCAAGUGUCUCAUCUGCCAUUCACCGGACCCGCCUUUGAGACAACCAUCACUGCGGGCUGAUCGAGAACGUGCAAAUGAACCCACUCCAGCUUUCUUAAAUUUCGAGGACCUUUUUUUGUCCACGGCGACGAGGAGCACCCAGCCAGAGUCGAGGUUCCGCACGGGACGAGGCGACCGUGGCGCUGCGAAUUAAACGUCAUUAUAGUCGGCAACAGGCGAGCGGAUACCCAAGCCAAGCAAAUCGACCUAUGAACGCAAGACCGCAAUUAACGACUGCACGGGCACGGAUCCCUUACUCGCUCUGCCCGGCUGCCACACUCGCCCCGUGGACCGCCCGCACGAUCAGCGAAACCAGAGGAAUGCUGACACAAGAUUGAAAGAUGGGACUUGAGCCUGUUUAUGUGCUCCUUAUCGGCAGAUUUUUGUUGUUGUAAAUACACAUCGUAUAAACUACAUCAUUAUUAUUUUAUUUUUUUCUGGGGAAACAUUUCACUCGGCUAGACCUUUUGCACGCGCAAAAGCGCUUCUGACGGUGGGGGGGUGGGGGGGGUGGCGGGGAGAAGGAGAUCCCUGCUCCUAGGCUAUAUGGUUCAUCUUGGGUCUUGCUGCUGCUGCUGCUGCUACGAGCCGUGAUGUAUCCACCUGCUUCGGAAGCUCCUUCGACGGGGGAAGAUGACGAGUUUGCGGAAAAAAUCAAGACCAAGUGCGAUGAACGGGUGGGCGUGCAGAGAAAGACCUUCACCAAAUGGAUCAACUCGCAGCUGGCAAAGGCUGGAAGAGACCCUAUCGAAGACUUGUUCUUGGACCUGCAGGAUGGUAGAAAACUCCUAGAGUUGCUGGGAGGCCUUGUUGGGUUCCAACUGCCCGUGGAGCGCGGCGCGUCGCGACUCCAUGCCCUCAACAACGUCACCAGGGCCCUGCACGUCCUGCGCUCCAACAACGUGGAGCUCGUUAAUAUUGGGGGCCCGGACAUUGUGGAUGGAAACCACAAGCUCACGCUCGGUCUUAUCUGGAGCAUCAUCUUGCACUGGCAGGUGAAGGAUGUGAUGAAGGAGGCAAUGUCCGGCCUGGAGCAGACGAGCAGCGAGAAGAUCCUGCUGAGCUGGGUGCGGCAGUCGACGCGUGACUGCCCCGACGUGAACGUCACCAACUUCACGAGCUGCUGGUCCGACGGCUUGGCGAUCGGCGCGCUGCUCCACAGCCACAGGCCGGGUGUGUUUAACCCGGUGGAGGAGCUGCGUGAAAUGACCCCUGUGCAGCGUCUGGAGAGAGCCUUUUCAUUGGCCAAGGAUCAUCUGGGCAUCGAGCGACUCCUUGACCCAGAAGACGUGGCGACGGCGCGCCCCGACAAGAAGUCGGUGCUGAUGUACGUGACGUCGCUCUUCCAAGCGCUGCCCCAGCGCGUGUCGCCAGAGUCCCUGCGCGAGGUCGAGUCGCUGCCCUGGAACGCCGCCGGCGGCGGCGGCGGCGGCGGCGGCGGCACAAACUCGCCCGACCCCCUGCGCCACCGCCAUCGCGCCUACGCCGGGACGGACCCCGCGUUCCUCCCACCGCGGCCGCUGCCCUUGCUCGCCGAGCGCGAGUCGCCAGUCCCCGGGCACCGGUCGCCCGUGUCGGGCAGCCGAUCGCCGCUGCCGGGGCAAAGGUCGCCACUGCCGGGCCGGGAUUCCCCGCGGCUGAGACGCGCCUCGGCGUUCCCGUCCCGCGAAUCGCUGGCGUCCGGCCGAUCGUCGCCGUUCCCUUCCUGGGAGCUGUCGCACUCGGGCCGCUCCUCGCCAUUCCCGACGCGGGAGUCACCGCUGCCGGGAGGUUUCUCGCCCCGUCCCGGACGCCAGGGUCCCGCGCGGGAGCACAAGUCGCCUCUGCCGGCUAGGAAGUCGCCCAGCAUCGGUAGAAACUCGCCGGACCCGCGCGACUCUCCCGUCGCAGGGCUCGGCUCGUCACUGCCAGAGCUGAUUCCUCCGUCGCCAGUGCAGCAGGAUUUGUCCCCUGGUGGCCAACGCGAUGAGGUGCCGUGUGGAUCGUCCCUGCCUGCUGCUCAUGUGCACGAUAGACGCCGCCGUGCAGGGGAUGACUCCCUUGCGCCGACGCAAGACGCAGCUGAGACGGAAGCAACCCCACUGCUGCCCUGUGUCAGUCUCCCACGGAUGACUGAUGCCGGUCGCCCAGCGACCUCCGACCCCGAGGCGGCGUCCCCAGAAACGGUUGCCGGGAAAAUUGACGCAGCGUCGUCGCGGAGCGUUGCCGAGGAGACGGUUGCCAUGACAACAGUGCCGCCGCCGCGGAUGGUCCAGGAUUCGUCGUUCCCGGAGACGCGUCGCGAAGGAUGCCGCGAGGAUGCAGUCUUGGAGGACACUGAGGACGAGGGCGACAGCAAGACCCCACGACAGCCCCAGGGCCCAGAGUCUCUGGUACAGGCCAUGGAGGCAAGACGGCAAGAAAUGGAGUCCAUGCUGCACAAUGAAGGGAUUCAAGACCCUGAGUCCCUGCUGCAAGCAAAGGAGUCAAGGCCCCAUAACCUGGCGUUGUUGCACAAGGCCAAGGAAGAAAGGCCACGGGGAUUUGAGUCCUUCCUGCAGGCUGCUGAGGAGAUGGAAGGCCUCGAUUCCCUGGUACAGGCUAUGGAGGCAAGGCUACAGGACAUGGAGUCCCUGGUGCAGACUGAGAAAAUGCUAGGUCUGGGAUCUAUAUUGCACGCCAAUGAGGCAAGGCCGCAAGACGUAGGGUCCCUGUUGCAGAAUGAAGGCAUGCAAGGUCUGGAGUCCCAGCUGCAGACAGAUGAAGCAAGGCCCAAAAGUCUCGAGUCCUUGAUACAGGCUGCUGAGGAGAUGGAAGGCCUGGGGUUUAUACACCAGGCCAAGAAGUCAAGGCUGCAGGACAUGGAGUCCCAGGUGCAGACUGGAGAAAUGCAAGGGCCAGAAAAGUUCCUGCUGCAAAAAGAGGAAGCAAGGCCACAGGGCCUGGAGUCGCUGUUGCAGGCCAAGGAGGCUCGUCUCCAACGGCUUGAGGAGGUGCUCGCUCGCACGGACGUCGCCCACGGCGAUGCAGAGGAGUUGUCAGAGGAGCUCGAUGCUCUUGAGACGGCGAUGCAUCGGCCCGAUGAGAACGGAGCGUGGGUUCAUGACCUCACGAGCAACGGAACUCUGGACUCGAGCAACGGAGAGAAGUUCUCUGCCGUUAUUGCUCAAUGGGAGACGCUUUACGAUAAGGCGACACAGAGGCGGCAGGACCUGGAGCGUCGCGUCGCAGAGGGCCAGGAGCGGGAGCGUGCCCUCCGCCUCGUGCAGGAGAGGGCGGCCGCGCUGAGUCACCGUCUAGGGGCCCUCCUGGCCGACGGAGCGGAUGCCCUCGCGCUCCCCCUGGAGGCACAGUCAAUCAGGCAGCAGCUGGCGGAGGCGGUGGAGGCUCUGGGGGCGGCCGAGCGGUCGUACGCCGAUGCCGGGCUCGUGGGCGACGGAGCCGGCGCGGCCCGGGCCAGGUCUCGCGUCGAGCUCACCCGGACGAUGCUGGAGGAGGCACGCACGAAGCUGCUGCGGUUCGGAUGUCCGGCGGCGGCAUUCGAGGCGAGGGUGUCCUCGUGCAGCUCGGGGCUGGAGUCGGUCGCCGACGACAUGAAGAGCCAGCGCUGGGCGUCGAGCGCCGAGCCCGAUGCCAUCAUCAAGCAGCUGGAGCAGUGUCUGCUGCUGUACCGGCGACUCAGCGAGGCGAAGCCUGAGGUGGAGGCCGUGAUCAAGCUAGGCCGGCAGAUCGUUCAGAAGCAGCAAACGGAGAACCCCCGUGACCUCGACCAGAGGCUGACGUCUCUCAAGCUGCUCUACAACGACCUGGGAGCCGAGGUGACGGAGAACAAGCAGAGGCUAGAGAAGGCUCUGAAGCUGGCUCGGAGACUGCGCAAGGAGCUGGGGUCCCUGACCGACUGGCUGUCGGCUGCUCACCAGGAGCUGGCGGGCCUCUGCGCUGUGAAGGACGCCCCCCGUGCACAGGACGGGAGGCAGAGCGGUGCCUACGAGGGCCUCCGCGCGGAAGUGGACCAACGGCGGGCAGCCAUGGAGGGCGUAGUGCAGGCGUGGCUGGCGCUGAGCGGCCUCCUCGUGGCCAGGGACGCCACCAACGACGUCGAGGCACGCGUGGGGCUCGUGACGGAGAGAUGGGCGGCCCUCACCACUCGCCUGCGGGAACUCACGCCCGACGUGGACACGGCGGAGAAAGCCCCGACCAUCCUGGGCGUGGGAUUGGGGACGGCAGCAGGGGAGGAUGACGAUGGUGGAAUCGAACACUUGAGAACGUUGGAAGCCAAGAGUUUGAGUGCUGUGAAGGCCAAGGUCGACCAUCAGGAGACGGGCGACGCGAAUCCGGACGGCACGGGCGCCGUAUCGCCGGGAGAUGCGCCGGAAGGGGCCGCCGGGCGGCCCGCGGAGUCGCAGCAGGCCGCCGCGAACCCGGGAGACUUCCUCGCCGAGCUGACGGCGCUGAGAGCGAGGGUGGCGGAGGCGGAGGAGUGCCUGCGCUCACCGGAGCUGCUCUCUGGGCACUACGAGGACUUCUCGCGGCAGGAGGACUGCCUCAAUUGCGUGCAGGCGACACUGCAGGGGCUCAGGGAGGACGUGAGCGGCGUGGGUGCUCGCAAGGCCGCGGCGGUCGCCUCGACGGCCUCCCCGGAUGACGCCGUUCUGAUCGACGGCGCGCUGCUUCGCCUGCACCGUGAGCUGACCCGCGCGGCCACCGCCUUCGGAGACCGCAAGAUGGUCUACGACCGGGCGGUGGAGCAGUGGCGUCAGUUUCACUGCGACAUGAAGGAGCUGACCCAGUGGCUGUCGGACACGGAGGCGCUCGUCGAGCGGCUCUCGGAGGUCGAGGGUCACGCUCCCGCGGAGCAGGCUCAGCUGUGGGAGCUGAUGGAGGGCAUCACCGCGCACGAGACGCUGCUGCUGUCGGUGACGUCGGCCGGCGGCGAGAUCGCUCGCGACUCGCCCACGGCCGACUCGGCGCUCAUCGCCGAGCGCAUGGCCUCGCUCGCCCGGCGCUGGGAGACGCUUCGCGACGCGGUCAACGGCAAGCAGAGGAGGCUGGAGGAGGAGGAGGAGUGGUGUCCGCCGUCCCUUCUUCAGGAGGAGCUGUGUGACCUGCGGCUCUCACUUGUCGAGGCCGAGAGGCGAUCAAUGCCCCAGCAACUGCCUGGCAACAUCAGGGGCCUCCAGGAGUGUCUGGACCAGAUACAAGUGUGCGUCGACGAGCUGCCCGCGUGGAGGGAGCGCCUGGAGAGGCUGCGCGAGAGCGCGCAGGAGCAGCCGGCGCCGGAGGAGGAAGAGGAGGUGGAGGAGCUUGGGACGGGAGACGCCAAGGCCGUCUGGGCAAUGCCCGACGACGAGCUCUCCAGCCUCUUCCACCUGUGGGACAAGGUGUCGCACGAGUUGCCGGCUCGCUGGCGUGAGGUGGAGGGGCUGCUCCACUCGAUGUCGCGCCUCGACGAACGCUCGGGGAAGCUGCUGCCGGCGCUCGCCGCCGCCCGGACGCGGCUGUGGGCGUCCCGCGACGAGGCUCCACCACCGCCACCGCCGGGAUCCGGCGUGCAGAAGCAGGAUGGUUUGGUGCCUUUUGACCUUUCUGCCGUGAACACUUUGUUGGCCGAGGCAGAAGAAAUGGAACGUGCAGGUGUUUUACCAGACGAGCUUAAGGUCACAGUGAGGAAUUUGCAUACUGAAUGGUUGCAGUUUAAUGAGCUGAUGCGAGGCCUUCCAAUAGCCAAUGAAGAGAAGCCUUGCUUUGCUGAUGCAGGGCCUUCGAUGGACGUCGCGAGGGUUUUUGCGACGCCAGUGUCUAUGAAAAGCGGUCCAGUCGUUGAGCAGCACCACCAUCUUGCAACAUGCAAGGACGAUGCCUUCCCAGAAUUCCAAGCGCGCGUUGCAGGGCUCUCCGAUUGGUUGGCUGAGCUUGAGAAAAGAUUGACACCACAACCCGUGACCUUUGGUGACGUCGAUGACAUAAACAGGGAGAUUAAAAAGCUAAAGGCUGUUAUGCGUGAUCUGAACCUCAAACGGCCGCAGUUUUAUGAGGUCAUGACAUCAGUUGAGAAAAUCCGUGCUGGGCCAUCACGUCUCCGCUCCAACGUGGAACGCCUUGGCGACGGCCUGUGCCAGGCCGAAACCGACUUGAGUCGCCGUGUGCAGACGCUACAGGCCAUGUUCCUCGAUUCGAGCCUCUGGGACGAGGUGAGGCACAAGGCCGAGCAGCUGCUGGACGAGGCCGAGGCCCGGCAGCUUCUGCUCGUCAUAGGGCCGGGACAGCCGGACGCUUCGAGCACCUUGCUCGAAGCGUCGACGGAGACCACGUGUCCGGAGCGGCGGCCGGACCCCGAGUCGACGACAACCGCCGGCGACGAAGGUCGGGGAACGCCCGGCGAUGCCGAAGGACCGGCUCCACCCCGCGAGCUUGCCGCGUGCACCGCCGCCAUAGGAGAACCCGGCGGAGGAAGUCCGAGUGACUUUGACCUGCCGGGAGAGGUCGCCGUGGAGAAGGAGGCGAUGCUGGAGGCACAGGGGUCGGGUGGGGUGUGCACUGGCGUGGAGCAACGGAGCCGACCCAACUCGGAUUCCUCGGCUGAGCUGGAGCCGGUGACUCGGCCGGGAGAGGCGAACCACGCCCCUGGCACUGGUGCCGAGGUGGAGGACGUGGAAUUCCUGGUGGUGCUCGAGAAGCAGCUGCUUGAGCAAAGGGCGUUGAUGCAGGAGCAGGAAGGGAGGCAGUCGGUGCUGGACGCAGCGCGAGCGGAGGCCGAGCGGAUCCAGCUAGAGUACUCCGCGGACGACAUGGCAAGCGUCCUGCAAGAGCUGGCGGCCCUCGAGUUACGGAACAAGCACCUCGUGCAACGGAUGAGACGGAGAGAGACCCAGCUGGAGUUGGCCAAACGGGACAUCCAGUGGUUUGACACGGAGUCCAAACGCUUCAUUGACUGGAUGGAAAAGAUGGAGCAAGCUGACGCAACUUUGGAUCAGGAAUCUUCCCAAUCAACACUCGGCUCUCUUGGCAAGUCCUGGCAGGAUCUGCAGGCGGAGAUUGAGGGGCAGCAAGACGCCUUCGGGGGCUUGACGGAAAGCGGGCAGCGCAUCCUGCAGUCGCUGGACGGCUCGGAGGGCAGCACUGCCCUGCAGCGAAGGAUCGACAGCGUGAACCAACGGUGGCGCGACCUGCGUCACAAGUCGAGCCAAGCGGGGCACGGCAUGCCACUGCAGCAGAGUGGAGGGUCCCCGGAGUGGCUCAAAGAGUUUCUGGCCUGGCUCGACGAGAAGGAAAGAGACCCGAGGGGACAGGCGGACGGAGAUGUUGGGGGCGACUGGGAGAGCGUCCACAAGCAGCUGGAGGAAAACAAGAAAUUCAGAGAGGAGCUUCAAGUGAAAGAGGUAGAGAUCAUCUCCGCGAUGGACACGGCGGAAAUGAUCUCGUCGGAGGAACAAGUGAACGAUGCGGGCGACGUAACAAGCAGCAGCAGCAGCAGCAGGCCGGCGGUCUGGAGUGAGCGCCUGGGAAAGGUCACGGCUGCGGCGGAGCGUCGAGCGAGCCGCCUCUCCUGGGCCCUCGCUCGCCUCGGGGUACUUCAGGCCUCGCUCGACGACCUGCACGGCCGGCUCGGGCAUCGGACAGCUGACGGGACGCCCGGGACUCCGGAGGACCAGGCGGGGGGGCCUUGCGGCGACGCCGAUGGCGACCAGGAGAGCAUCGAGGAGGAGUCGAGGCCAUUGGCCGAGGAGCUGAGGUCGGUGGAGGAGGCGGCGGACGAGCUCGCCUCCGCCGGUGUCGUCCUCUCGUCGUCCACCCAGCAGAGGCUGCAGGAGGUGACGUCCACGUGGCGGGCGAUGCAGACCACGCUGGACGGUCAGAUCGAUCAAUCAGAAGAGGUGGAGAGCGACCCGAAUCUCGCUCCGAAAGCGUACAUCCCAAGCUCCUUACAGGGCUCCUGGGAAUGUUCUCUCGCCACCAACAAGGUCCCCUACUACAUCAACCACCAGACCCAGAGCACGAGCUGGGACCACCCCAAGAUGGCCGCACUCUACCAGUCCCUGGCGGACCUGAACAGCGUGCGGUUUUCUGCUUACCGGACGGCAAUGAAGCUGAGGCGUCUACAGAAAGCCCUCUGUCUGGACUUGGUGAGCCUGGGGGCGCUGACGACGCAGCUUGAGCAAUGCGGCCCCGACCCCCGCACCCCGGGCCUCGGAGGGAGCGCUGGCAAGGGCCCCGGCGGGAGGGGAGGCCCCCACGAGCGGCUGGUGGGCGCCACCGAGGUGGGCCGCCUGCUCGCCGAGCUGUACGGCGGCCUGGAGAGCGGGCAGGGCCAGCGCCUCGUCGCUGCGCCGCUCUGCACCGACAUGGCCCUCAACUGGCUCCUCAACGUCUACGACCCGAGCCGCACGGGGAAAAUCCGAUCCCUUUCUCUUAAAGUGGGGCUCAUCUGCCUGUCCAAGGCCCCGCUGGAAGAGAAGUAUAAAUACCUGUUCCGGCAGGUGUCGGGCCCGGGCGGGGGCGGCUGUGACCAGAGGCAGCUGGGCCUGCUGCUGCACGAGGCCAUUCAGAUUCCCCGGCAACUCGGGGAGGUGGCCUCCUUCGGGGGCAGCAACAUCGAGCCGAGCGUGCGCAGCUGCUUCAAGUUCGCGAACAGCCGGGAUAUGGUGGAGGUGGGCCGCUUCCUCGAGUGGAUGAAACUGGAGCCGCAGUCCCUGGUGUGGCUGCCCGUGCUGCACCGCGUCGCCGCCUCCGAGACUGCGAAGCACCAGGCCAAGUGCAACAUCUGCAAGGAGUGCCCCAUCGUCGGCUUCCGCUACCGCAGCCUGAAACAUUUCAACUACGACAUCUGCCAGAGCUGCUUCUUCUCGGGCCGCACGGCAAAGGGACACAAGCUUCACUACCCCAUGGUGGAGUACUGCACGCCGACGACGUCCGGCGAGGACGUGCGUGACUUCACGCGCGUGCUGCGGAACAAGUUCAAGUCGAAGCGGUACUUCAGCAAGCACCAGCGGCUCGGCUACCUGCCGGUGCAGACGGUGCUGGAGGGCGACACCAUGGAAACUCCCCUCACCGUCAUCAACCUCUGGCCGGUGUCGUUGGACCCUUCUCCUCAGCUGUCUCACGAGGACACGCACGCGCGAAUCGAACACUUCGCCAGCCGGCUCGCCGCAAUGGAAAACAAAAACGGAUCGUAUUUGCGUGAAGUCUCCUCGCCCAACGAAAGCAUCGACGAGGAGCACAUCCUGAUCCGGCACUUUUGCCAGACUCUGGGCGCCGAGUCACCAUGCCCCGGCUCCCACGACCCCGGCCCGAUGCUCGUUACCAUGGACACCGACGAGGGCGAGGAGCUGUGUCACAUCAUCGCCGAGCUGGAGGAGGAGCACCGGAAUCUCACGGCCGAGUACAACCAGCUGAAGCAGCAGCACGAGAGCAAGUCGGGCUCCUCCGACUGCCUCCACUUCCCUCCGCCGGCGUCGCUGCCCCCGCCGCCGCUGCCGCUGCACUCGCCGCAGUCGCCCUCCCCGCCGCCCCCCCUGCCCCCCAAGGGCGGCUCGGCGCCCGGCACGGAGCUCCACGGCAGGGAGUUCGCGCAGCCGGAGAGCGAGCUCGUCGCCGAGGCCAGGCUCCUGCGGCAGCACAAGGGGCGGCUGGAGUCGCGGAUGCGCGUGCUGGAGGACCACAACCGGCAGCUCGAGUCGCAGCUCCUGCGGCUGCGCUCGCUGCUCACCCAGCCUGCCAUCGACGCGUCUCGGGUGAACGGCUCCUACCUCUCCUCCCCGUCUUCCUGCUCGCCGGAGUCCACGCAGGGCCUUCCGCAGAACGGCACCAGCAGCAGCGCCGUCGCCACCGCCGCCACCAACGGGCGGCACCACCACAACAUUUCGGCAGGAGAUGAAGACAUCCUGAUGCUUCCCAAGGACUCGGGGACCGGCCUGGAAGAAGUGAUGGAGCGACUCAACAACACAUUUCCCAACCGCAAUGGUAACCAUGUAGGAGGAGGGGGCGUGUUUGGCAUGGCAGAUGACUUGACCCACGACGCGGGGCCCUAGGUUGCCACGGCCACUGAAGAGGACUCGUCGAAAGGGUCACGAUCAAGGGCGGCCCCACUGCAUCUUCUCAACUGACUGUGGGAUUUAUAAACGAUCGUUUUUAUCCCUGCUACGGUGAAUUAGUGACCGCUCGAGUCUGAAAUGAUGCACCGUUCUAAAGUCUAUGCAAGUGUAACAUAAAAUAAAACUGUGGGCUGUCAUUGCGUUUUGUGAUCUGCCUGAAUUGUGAAUUAUUCUCCGUGAUGAAAUACGGUCUUUACAAGCAAGGUCCAGUUGGUUAAUGAUAACAUAUAUACAGUAUAGCGUAUUACAGGUCCGUGAUGGAUUAUUUUGUUUAAAAAAAAAAACAUAAUUUGUAUGGCUGAAUAUAAAGUACAAUUUCAUUCAUUUAGCCUGUGAGCAUUUUUAAUUUUUAAUAACGUAUAAGCAUCCGACUGCGUUUUUCUAUUAACGUAACGUCAUCCUUUGUGCCAGCUCUAUGUUAACAUGACGACGAUUGCUAAACUGCCUGCCAUCUUAAUCUCUUAAUCACUCGCUUUCAGGGGGUCGAAUGUGAAAGUCCUACAUUUUUCUUGCGAUAAACUUUUAGACAGAGUCUUGUGCCUAGCUCACGCUACUUUAUCAACUUAAAAAAAAUGAAAAGGAUCCUCUAUUUAUUUUUAUACAUAUGUAUAGCAUAUUACCAAGAUUACUUGCUACACUAUUUUCACUUACGAGUACAGAAGGACCAUAUGCUAUAUUUUGGCAAAUAAAAUUACCAUAUUUAUUGGAGCAUCCCGGCAAAGUGCGUACAUGGUAUGUUCUGGUGUAUAUAUUGGCCUCGCGAUGUACACCAUUGUCCUCAUGAAACUCUGAAUUUGGAAGCACAGAAAAAGACUGCUUUUUUAAUGUCUGCAUUUUUUUCACUUUCUGUAAUUGCUGUCAAGUGCGCCUUUUGACUCAUUCAUCAAUGAUCGUGAAGUUAGACUUUACGGUCAUUAAUCUGGUGAGGCUGGACACAGUUACGUCUUCAUAACGGUUCAGAAUGUUGGAAACUUAAAAUUGUAACAGUUAAUAUCUUACAGGUAUCUUUAAAGCAGUUGCUGUUAUCUAAAAUGCUAUCCAUAUCGGCCUCGAGUGUCCUGCUUGCAGUAUGGCGUGUUAUGUAUGCGUUAACCAUACCAAAAUUUGAUCAUGAAGCGUCCGUUUGGAUAUAUUUUAUGGUAAUAAAAGAUCUGAAACGUG